AUGGAGGAGACGCCGUCCGCCCCUCAGGCCAAGCAGCAGUUGCGGCAGUUGGGCAAGUCCGAGCUCGCGUCCAAGCUUGGCAAGCUCAGCAAGAUCCGCCACACCAUUCGGCACCCCACUGUAGGCCUGGUGAUCCACAUUGCGCAGGCCUUCGUGGAGGAGAAGGAGGUAGGUGACAAGUUGAAGUCGAAGGGAAAGAAGAUCGUGGACGCGCAGGUCGAGGCUGGGGUGUCGCCGAGUGGCGUGGUGGCCAAGUGCGACGUGGCGGCCCCGCUGGAAUACAACGCGGAGCAGAUCGAGGCCGCGGUCGUGGAGCCGCCGCCCAACCUCAUGGACGUCUUGCUAGAGAAGAGUCGCGAGGUCGUCGUGUUGAAGCGUCACCUCGAGCUCGCACAGGCUGCCUAUCUCGAAGGGGCUGGAGCCGUCGUUGCAGCGGGGCUGGACGUCCAGGUCUGCUGUGCCGCUGUCGGCCGCUCGAUGGAGCUGAUCGACACCUUCACCGGCCGCAAGCUCGCGUCCAUGGACGGCCACGCUGGACCGGUCAUGUGCGUCGCCGAGCUGGACGGCGACAUCGUCAGCGGCUCGAUCGACAAAACCAUCAGGCGGUGGAACUCGAGGACGGGGGAGGCGGUGACGACGCUCGAGGGGCACGCUGGCCCGGUUUGGUGCCUGCUGCGGGCCUGCGACAGCCUGUUCAGCUGCUCCGACGACCGACGCCACGAUCCGCCAGUGGGACAGCGCCACCGGCGCGCACGUGCGCACCCUCGCGGGGCACUCGGCCCCCGUCAGGUGCUUAUUGGCCGCCGACAUGGCGAUCUUCAGCGGCUCCGAUGA